AUGGCGAAGCCUUUCAUCUCAGCUUACAAGGCCGGCGCGAGCUCCGCAGCGUCCUAUGUCUCAUCUGAUCAGCUAAUCUACUGGUACCGGCCAACUCUCAGGAGCAUCAACUGCGAUGCCACAGACACUACAAUGGUCCAAGCAGACAACAGCUCAGGAAACUACUUCAUGGGUCGCCCAGACGGCUACGAGACGCUCGCCGAUGCCGUCUUCGUUGUGUCAAUGCUCAAGACGGCGGGGACCGUGACAGUCGCAUCCGGCAACAAUGUGCAGUCGUUCAAUGCACCCGCUGGCAUCUCGGCCUACCAAGUAGAUAUGCAAGUAGGAAAGCAGCAAUUCUUCCUGGCGCGGAACGGCCAGACGAUCAUGAGCUCUGUGAGCCUGAAGAACAUCACGGACGUCUGCCCGUGCGGCAUCUACAACUUCAACGUCUACGUCGGGACCGUGCCGGACGAGCCUUCUGAUCCGCUGGGGCCUGAUGCUCUGGCCUCGUUGACGGCUGGUCUGCAUGUCACCACCUGCUCUGCUACGCCAUCGCUUGGCACCUCGCCAGUGACGCCGACGACGAUUCCGCCAACGACCUCUGUCACGACAACGACAUCAACCACAACGUCUAGUACCAGCCCAACUAAGACCACCACCAGCAGCACCAGCAGCACCAGCAGCAGCACCAGCACCACGAGCACUGUAUGA